UCCCGGGGGCGCGCGCCCGCCUCCUGGACGCCCUGCUCAGCCCCUUGCACUUUAGGGCCUCGUCCUGCCCCGGGGACCGCCCCCCCCCCAGCCUCCCCUCUGCUCUCUUGGGACCUCCUGCUCCCCCUUCCCCCCUCCUGCCGGCCUGGAUCAUGCCUCGCCCCUUCCCCAACGCGGGGUCCCGCCAGCUCCCCGCCUUUGGAGAGGGUCCCCGGACCCAGGCCCGGGUCUUCUCCCCGCAGAGCUGCCCGAAUGACGUGUCUCUCUCCUUCAGGGGCCCCCAAGCCGCUCACCCAUGACCCGCGACCUUCUAUGGAGCCUGGAUCCCCAGCUCGCCCAGACCCCGGGGCCUUUCAUCCCGGGAGCAGGACGCCGAAAAGCGGUUCCUCUUCCAGUGGAACUCAACCCCACUUGAGCACCAAGCGGCGCCUGGAGAAGGAGGAGCAGACUCCUCUUUGUAAGCAGUUCCUUUCCGAAGAGAACAUGGCGAUCCACUUCUCCCGCCUCAGCCUGCACAACGACCACCCCUACUGUACACCCCCGGCUGCCUUCCCGCUCCGGAACCUGGCCCCCUCCACAGGCAGGCCACCAGAGGAAGGCCCUCCCAGUGCAGUUGGGGAACCCCAUGUCCUGCCCCCCAGUCUUCUGCUGACCCUGGCCCCUCGAUCUGAACUGCUUCUCUGGCGCUACCCUGGCAGCCUGAUCCCUGAGGCUCUGAGGCUGCUGAGAUUCGUGGACCCUUCCGAGACCCAGUGCGAUGACUCCCCAGCAGAGGACACGAUGGAGCUUUGAGCCAAGGAAAGCGUCCCUCUUCCUCAGAAACCUAAGCCUCGGGGCCUCUCCCUCCCCAGAGACGUCAGGUGAAGGGAAUGGACUUGGGCAGCCAAUACCUCCAGAUCCCGGGUUGCGCCUGAGACAGUUCACUCCAUUGCAGGAACCAGCACCCCCAGCGAGAACCAGCUUUCAAAGGGAGGAGGGGUGGGAGGAAGAGGAGGUGCAACACAGCCACCCUAAAACAAGCCCUGACUUGUUAGGGAGGAACAGGGUACCCCCACGCUACCCUAAAGACAGCUAGGCCUUUCCCUCCUCCAGCCUUCAGCCAUCAACCCUCUGGCAUCUUGGCCUCAACACACAGCCCUGUGGGGAAGCAGGGGAUGAGGCCACCCCCAAGAGGGAGGACGAAGGGCUGGAAAGGGAGGGUGACGUUGGGGGACCUGUAAUUGUGUCCCAUUGAGAACAAAAUAAAGUAAAGAAGAGAGGCUGAAUCUGGA